AUGGUGGCCAAGAAGAGAACACAGCUGAGGACAAAAGCCGCGCUGCGGCUCGGACAAUCCAAAGAAGACAACGAAAUUGAAGUGGAGCAAUUGAAUUUGCCAGAAGACCCAAAGGCUUUCUUACACCAAGCCCGAGAAUCUAAAAAGGACAAAAUACUCAGCAAGUCGCAGUCGUUUCUGUCUAAACUUCACGAAAGAACUUCGCUAAAUGGCGCCAUCUCCAAAUCGGCUCUCAGACGCCGAAAGCGCAAACAGAGAGAUCAGCUGAAGCCCCGAAUGGAGGACCUUUUGGUUUCUCUAGAACAAGACGGCGUGCAGGAGGCGACAGCUGAUUCCGACGAGAACGGAGACGGAAACGAUAACAAGUUGCCACAAAAUUCUACUGCCUCGGUAUCUAGCAGAGUCACCAGAAUAACAACGCCAAACCUGCCCCUCGAGUCCGGUUCUGUUUCAGUCAAAAGAAACCAGCCAAACAUUAGAAACCAGCGGGGUGCCAAACAAUUAGCUCAAAAUGAAUCAGAUCGUUUUCAAACUGUUUUGCAAAACAAACAGUUUCAGCAAAACCCUUUCGCUGCUCUGAAAGAGGUGAUUAAAAUGCAAAAAUAUUGA